AAGCAGUUCUUCCUAAAACUGAAUAGCCCUGUUUUGGUUUUUUAACAUCUGCUGAAUCUUAUUCUUCUUUUCAACAUACCAGACCAGAAGAACUCAAAUUCCGUGAGUGCUCCUUUUCGAAAACAGAGAAUAAUCCGCCAUGCUUCUAUGAAAACCGACCGAUAACUUUCCUGCUCCUUGAGAAAGCCUCCCUUUACUUGUCAGAAAGCCCAAAAGUAUGAGCUUCCAAGAUCUCCAGAAUUGGGGGACCAAGCCCUCCUCCUCGGUUGCGUCUCAAAAUCCAUCGCAGACCGUGGCUGCCGGAAUAUUCCAGAUCAAUACUGCCGUCGCCGGAUUCCGUAGGCUUGUUGAUGCCAUCGGAACCUCCAAGGACACCCCCGAUCACCGUCAAAAGCUGCACAAUACAAGGCAACGGAUAAUGCAGUUAGUGAAGCAAACUUCUGCCAAGCUCAAAUCCCUCAGCGAAUCCGACCGGGGUACCACUGUCGAUCAAAGCAAGAGAAUAGAAGAUGCUAAGCUUGCAAGAGAUUUUCAAACUACCUUACAAGAAUUUCAGAAAGUUCAACAGCUUGCCUCUGAGCGCGAGUCUACUUACUUGCCUUCUGCUUCUCCAUCUUCCUUCAUGACUACCACUAACUCUGGUGAAUACUCGGUGCCUACCAUGGAACAGGAGAACCAACCAUUUCUUACAGAACAAAAGAGGCAGGAGGUAUUACUGCUGGGAAAUGAAAUUGCAUUCAAUGAAGCCAUAAUUGAGGAAAGGGAACAGGGUAUUAGAGACAUACAAGAUCAAAUUGGCGAAGCAAAUGAAAUAUUUAAGGACCUUGCUGUUCUAGUUCACGAGCAAGGUGUUGUUAUUGACGACAUUCAAUCAAACGUUGAGGCUUCCUCUGCUAUGACAACCCAAGCUAGAGUACAAUUAUCAAAGGCUUCCAAAAGUGUGAAUUCUAAAUCCUCGUGGUGUUGGUGGGUGCUGGCGAUUUUCGUAGUGGUGGUGGUCAUUUUACUCCUUGUCUUUAUCUUAUAAUGUGCAAGUACACGUCUGCAGCUGUAGUGUGCAUCUUACGGGGAGAUUUGUCUGAUGUCUAUCACUUAUUGUUGGAUCUUUACGGUAUUCAAGAAACUGAAUGUAUUAAAGCGCCCACGCCAUUUUGGUCUUGUUUUAUUAUCAGUUCUUCACGAGUAAAAGCACUGUAUAUCUAUUUUUGGUUAUGCUGAGCAAGUGGGACGCUCUUAUCGUGGUCAAGCCUAACGGUGGCAAUUCGUUUUGGCUAGUUGUAAUGGUGUGGUUUUAACCUCCGAGUAUUCUGGACACAACUUGUUUAAUAGUCGCGAACUCUCGACACGAACACAACUCAUUUAUUAAAUGGGUAACAAGACAUAAUAUGUAUGACUUAAAGUUACACAAUC